CGCGUUUGAAACUCGAGCGAAGCGCACGUGCUGUCAACAGUCGCGAAAAGAGCGUACAGAGCAAAUUAGGAGAGGCGCCCCUUUCGACUGUUGUCCAACAACAAGUGUGUGUGUGUGCGUGUGCGACUUGUGGCUAACGAAAGGCAUUUAAAUUUGUCUGCCUAUAAGAAAUCAAUAAUACUUAAAUACCAAAAAUAAAAAACAAAACAAAAGCCAAAGAAAUACGUAUCAAAAAGUAGAAGCAGAAAGAAAAAAAAAAAAAAAAAACAACAACAAAACGGACAAGUGUGCAAAAGAAUCAAAUGAAUCAACAACAACAACAGCAACAACAACCACUAGUUAAACCACCUAUACUACUUAUAAAGAGCAACAACUAAACAGCAACAAUAAAUAUUCGAACAACAAGUACAAUAGCAAUACAACAACAAAAGCAACAGCAACAGUGAACAUGUCGGAAAACAGCGACAACAAUGGCGACCAGCAAAGCCAAGGCCAGGGGGCGGAGGGCGAGGCCAUGGGCGAAAACAAAAUGAAGUCCCGUCUACGCAAAGGAGCCCUCAAGAAGAAAAACGUUUUUAAUGUGAAAGAUCAUUGCUUCAUCGCGCGCUUCUUCAAGCAGCCCACAUUCUGUUCCCACUGCAAGGAUUUUAUCUGCGGCUAUCAGUCGGGAUAUGCAUGGAUGGGCUUUGGCAAACAGGGAUUCCAGUGUCAAGUCUGCUCGUAUGUGGUGCACAAGCGUUGCCAUGAAUAUGUCACCUUCAUCUGCCCCGGCAAGGAUAAAGGCAUCGAUUCCGACUCACCAAAAACUCAGCACCAUUUCGAACCAUUCACAUAUGCAGGACCCACGUUCUGUGACCAUUGCGGUUCCCUGCUCUAUGGCAUUUACCAUCAGGGCCUCAAAUGUUCAGCAUGCGAUAUGAACGUCCACGCCCGCUGCAAGGAGAACGUGCCCAGCUUGUGCGGCUGCGAUCAUACGGAGCGACGUGGCCGCAUCUAUCUCGAGAUAAAUGUCAAAGAGAAUCUACUCACAGUGCACAUCAAGGAGGGUCGCAAUCUCAUACCCAUGGAUCCCAACGGCCUGAGCGAUCCGUAUGUGAAGGUGAAGCUGAUACCAGAUGACAAGGAUCAAUCCAAGAAGAAGACGCGCACGAUCAAGGCGUGCCUGAAUCCCGUGUGGAAUGAGACGCUUAGCUAUGAUCUGAAGCCUGAGGAUAAGGAUCGACGCAUUUUGAUCGAGGUCUGGGAUUGGGAUCGCACUUCCCGUAAUGAUUUUAUGGGCGCCUUGUCCUUUGGCAUCUCGGAGAUCAUCAAGAAUCCCACCAAUGGCUGGUUCAAGCUGCUCACCCAGGACGAGGGCGAGUACUAUAAUGUGCCCUGUGCGGACGAUCAGCAGGACUUGCUCAAGCUCAAGCAGAAGCCGUCGCAACGCAAGCAGCCAAUGAUGCGCUGCGACACACACACACAGUCACAGUCUAAAAAGGACAUGAUAAGGGCGACAGACUUCAAUUUCAUCAAAGUGCUGGGCAAGGGAUCGUUUGGCAAGGUGUUGUUGGCGGAGCGCAAGGGCAGCGAGGAGCUGUAUGCGAUUAAGAUACUCAAAAAGGAUGUGAUCAUACAGGACGACGAUGUGGAAUGCACCAUGAUUGAGAAGCGUGUACUGGCGCUGGGCGAGAAGCCGCCGUUUCUUGUCCAGCUGCACUCAUGCUUUCAGACAAUGGAUCGUCUGUUCUUUGUCAUGGAGUAUGUGAACGGUGGCGAUUUAAUGUUCCAAAUUCAACAAUUCGGCAAGUUCAAGGAACCCGUUGCCGUCUUCUACGCUGCAGAAAUAGCGGCUGGACUUUUCUUUUUGCAUAGCAAGGGCAUUUUGUAUCGGGAUCUGAAGCUGGACAAUGUGCUCCUAGAUGCGGAUGGACACGUGAAGAUCGCCGACUUCGGCAUGUGCAAAGAGAAUAUCGUGGGAGACAAGACGACCAAGACCUUUUGCGGCACUCCGGACUACAUAGCGCCAGAGAUCAUUCUGUAUCAGCCGUAUGGCAAGUCUGUGGAUUGGUGGGCCUAUGGCGUGCUGCUCUAUGAGAUGCUGGUGGGUCAGCCGCCCUUCGAUGGCGAGGAUGAGGAGGAGCUAUUCGCGGCCAUAACCGAUCACAAUGUGUCCUAUCCCAAGAGUCUCAGCAAAGAGGCCAAGGAGGCGUGCAAGGGCUUUUUGACCAAGCUGCCCAGCAAACGUUUGGGCUGUGGCGCCACUGGCGAGGAGGAUGUGCGUUUGCAUCCCUUUUUCAGACGCAUCGACUGGGAAAAGAUCGAGAAUCGUGAGGUGCAGCCGCCGUUCAAGCCAAAAAUUAAACAUCGGAAGGAUGUGUCCAACUUCGAUAAGCAAUUCACAUCAGAGAAAACAGACUUGACGCCCACGGACAAAGUGUUCAUGAUGAACCUGGAUCAAUCGGAAUUUGUGGGUUUCUCCUAUGUGAAUCCCGAAUAUAUUGUCAGCCCAUAAGCAGGUGCAGAUGCAGACAUCGGCGAAAGACAGACAACCGGAAACAGGAAACGGAACCAGCAAGUUGUGUCGUCAGUUGAUAUUAAUUCUUAAUUGAAGCAGAAAGGAAAAGGAAAAAUGAAAAGACAUCAUCAUAGUUACUUUCCGUUGUUAUUAUGUCAUAUCGUAAAUUGUUAACUAUGCUAAGCGUAAGCAAUAUUUUGUUGAUUUUUGUUGUUCUUAUUUAUUGCUCAUUUAAAUCUUUAACUAAUUGUUAGGCACUCAUGCACGUACACUAAGCUAUAUUAUGCUCGCGGCAUUUAUAUUUAGUUGUUAACAUCAAUUUUCAUCAUUGUUAAGCAUUUGCUUCUCAUUGAAAUAUCAAACCAAAAAAAAAAAAAAAAAAAAAAAUCGUGAAAGUAAGAAAAUUUAAAUCGUGUACAAUAAAAACUUUUAUUUUAUAUACCAUUACCCAACGCUUUUCUCUUUGCUGAAAACUUUAUACCUAACUAAGCAAAACUUAUACUCUGUCAUCAAUUUCCAUAUUUCCAUAUUUCAAUUUUCCGAACCAACUUUUCCAAUUCAACCUUCCAAAUUUGAAUUUUAAAUUUAGAGUAAAGUAACAAUUAAAAUAAUCAAGGAAUUAAAUAGAUUUUGUCUUUCUUUUUUAACAAACAUCUCGAUGUGAAGACACAAAUUUAAAGCAAAUUAAAAAAUAUAUCACAUGCCCGACCUAGUAGCUCUGUCUCUUUGCCAAUCUGUCAAGACUUUCGCUUUUCUUUCUUCACACACAUUUCGCAAUCAGAUGAAGAAUACAGGAUUUUAAACGUUGUUCGAUUAUAAUGUUCGCCCCUGCAUUAUAAUCAAAUCGAAAUAUGCGUUUAAUCAGCUUUCACCCAGACAAUUUAGCAUAGGAAACAAACUUUUCUUAAUUUCAAAUUUCCAUAGCAUACUUAUGUGCGAAUUUUCCAUUGUUCACUUUCGACAUUCUUGUGGGUGUGUAUAAAUAUAUAAAAUAUAUAAUAAGCUAUUCAAAAGCAAUGAAAACACAAACAAUUUAAAUUACUUAUUUCAUUUCGCAUAAGCAUAUAUAAUCCGAUUAUAUAUUAACAUAUAAACGGCAUAGAGUCUCAAUGUACCAUAAUAAAUAAUUAAAUGAAGAACAAAUGAAGGCAAAACAAGUUGCAUAGCAAUAAGUGAAGGCUAAAACAAAUAUUUAAGUAUAGUCUAUUAGUUUGAAUAACAAGAACAAGAACAAAAAUUAACAAAUUUUUUGCUCUUAUUUGCGCUACCCAAAAGUCUAACUAUAGAUGGGACAUGCCUAGAUGAUGUAUACACAUAUUAUCUAUGGGUUGAAACUUUAGUACCUAACUAAAAGAAAACUUAGCAGCUAAAACUACUGUUUAGCUAUUGAGAAAAGACAAUCUACUGUAAGCUAUAUAUAUAUAUACAUGUAUAUAUUAUAUCAAACACUUCAGCUACCGAAAUGAAGAUAACGCUAAAAAAUAUUACUUAAAGUUUAAUUGCAAUUCGAUCAUUUUGUGUAGCGCUACCUAAGCUAAGCUUUUGUGCCUCUCUUUCUUUCUAGACGCUUAAAUGAUUCGAAAAACUCUGAGAUUUUACGAGUUUAAAAGCAAAAUACAUAAAAGUACAUACAUAGAGCAAAUAUUGAUAUUCUAAUAAAAUAUAUAGUUAUAUGUGAAGAGAAAGUCGUCUAGAAAUUUAUCAUAUAGCAACUCAGUAGCCAAGCUAUGUGCUAAAUGCUAGGGCACAAAAACUAAAAAC